CAACUCCUAAACCAUCAAAAACACAUACACUAGCAUUCUCAUUCUUAUUCUCUAAGCCAAGCAACAAUCUUUGGUCGCUCUUAAAGCAACAAACUUAACCAAAAAAAAAUGGCAAGCUCAGCAGUUUUCAAGUUAGCUUGUGCAGUUUUGAUGUGCAUGUUAGUGGCUGCACCACAUGCUGAGGCUUUAACAUGUGGUCAGGUUACUACCAGCAUUGCUCCAUGCAUGACCUACCUUACAGGAGGUGGCAGCCCAUCGCCCUCUUGCUGCGGCGGGGUUAAGACCCUUAACAGCAUGGCUUCCACCCCUGCUGACAGGAAAGCCGCUUGCGGUUGCCUAAAGUCUGCUUCUACUGCUAUCAAGGGUCUUAAUGCCGGCAAUGCCGCCUCCCUCCCUGGUAAAUGUGGUGUUAGCAUUCCAUACCCUAUUAGCACCUCAACUGACUGCUCUAAGGUGAACUAAGCGGCCAUUUUCAGGCUAAAGAGAAGUAUCUAGCUACCAAUCGUAUACGUAGUAGUGUGUAUAAUAAGACUGAGUCCUGAUGAGACUCCUUCAUGAGUUUACUUGAGUCCUGAUGAGACGUGCCUACGAGAUGCUUGUACUUGCUAUGUCAUGUAUUGUAUCUUUGUAUUUCUGAGUUCGGUUUUCUAAAUAUAAUUUAGUGCUCUUACCUGAUA